AGCUAAGAUUAUGAAAGGUCUUCGGAAGAUGAAGGAACUAAGAUUUUUCUCUGUGGACUGUGAUUGUAUAGUACAAAAAUUUGAUGAAUCUCGCCAAUACCUACCAGAUACUCUACAAUAUCUACAAUGGUCUUAUUACCCUUUUUGGUGUUUACCUAAAACAUUUCAGGCAAAUAUGCUUGUUAACCUGGAAAUGGAGGGCAGCUUUAUCUCUCAACUAUGGGAAGGGAGAGAAAGAAAGGUUCUUAAUAAGCUCAGAUUCAUUAACCUCAAAGGGUCAACUUUGAGAAGCUUUGACCUUGAGAUAACUCCAAAUCUCGAAACAUUAGAUCUUGGAGGUUGUUAUGACUUUGUAGACCUCCACAUGCCUGUUAAUUGUCCUAAGCUGAAAUUCCUCUACCUCAGUGGUUCUAGGGUGAGUAACCUUAAUCUUGGGCUAACUCCAAAUUUGGAUACGUUAGAUCUUAAAGAUUGUAGUGCCUUUGUAGAACUCCACAUGCCCGUUGAAUGUUUAAAGCUCAAAUUUCUCAACCUAAGCGGUACUAAGGUGAGAAACCAUAAUCUUGCGCUAACUCCACAUCUCGAGGGUUUAUAUGGUUAUAGAUUAGUAUAGAACUCCACAUGCCCAUUGAGGUUCCCAAGCUUAAAAGCCUCAUCCGCCGAAGCUCUGUCAAUCUAAGGUGAAAAAAUAACGUAAACUAGGGCUAGCUCCAUGUCUGGAGUGGUAAGAUAUUGAAAGAGGCCCAGUGAAUGCUGAAGGUUCCAAUUCCUCAACUUAUUUGGUAACUAAGUUGAGUAACCUUAACCUUGGCUGACAGCACAUCUUGAUGAGUAAUACGUUUAAGGAUGUAAUGAACUUGUAGAACUUCAAUAAUGUAACUUUAGACAAUCUGUUAUGGUGUUUUUUGAUUGAUAAUAUAUAUGGAUUGGAGAAACUCCAAUUAGCUUUGAGUGCUU